UCAGUUCUAAAAGAGCAGAAACAGUAGAAAACAAAAAAGCAGAAGGAAAAAAAAAUAAAAAAAAAAGGAAGAAGCAGAUAAAUCAUUGGAACUUAGGUGUGAACGGAACAAAAAAAAUCUCCGGAUUUCUUGAUCUGAUCGAAGAAACGAGUAGCUUUACAUGGAUUAAACUUGUUAUUUUUUAGAUAUUGUCGCGCUUUUUCUAUCCAGGAAUUUGCAGGAUUUGACUGAGUUGAGGUGAAAAGAGGGAGUGGAUUGGAGUUUCCACUGUUUGAACUGUGAUGGAGCCCCGAGUUGGGAAUAAGUAUCGCCUCGGCAGGAAAAUCGGGAGCGGCUCCUUUGGGGAGAUCUAUUUAGGAACUAAUAUACAGACGAAUGAAGAAGUAGCUAUUAAGCUUGAAAAUGUGAAGACGAAGCAUCCGCAAUUACAGUAUGAGUCGAAACUGUACAAGUUGCUUCAGGGCGGAACUGGGAUUCCGAGUAUUAAAUGGUUCGGAGUUGAAGGAGACUACAAUGUGCUUGUGAUUGAAUUGUUGGGGCAUAGUCUUGAAGACUUGUUUAACUUCUGUAGUAGGAAAGUGUCGUUGAAGACUGUUCUCAUGCUUGCAGAUCAGAUGAUUACUCGGGUUGAGUAUAUUCACUCUAAAUCGUUUUUGCACCGAGAUAUAAAACCGGACAACUUUCUCAUGGGAUUGGGCAGACGUGCAUUUCAGGUUUAUGCUAUAGAUUUUGGACUUGCCAAGAAAUAUAGAGAUGCCUCAACUCAUCAGCACAUUCCUUAUCGAGAAAAUAAAAAUUUGACUGGGACAGCUAGGUAUGCAAGUAUGAAUACACAUCUUGGCAUAGAACAAAGUCGCAGGGACGACCUAGAAUCACUUGGAUAUGUUCUCAUGUAUUUCCUAAGAGGAAGCCUUCCUUGGCAGGGGCUGAAAGCUGGAACCAAGAAACAGAAGUAUGAUAAAAUCAGUGAGAAAAAAGUGUCAACUUCGAUUGAGUCUCUAUGCCGUGGAUAUCCUACUGAGUUUGCUUCUUACUUCCAUUAUUGCCGUUCACUUAAGUUUGAUGAUAAGCCAGAUUAUGCCUAUUUGAAGAAGAAUUUCCGUGACCUAUUCAUUCGCGAAGGUUUUCAGUUCGAUCAUGUAUUUGACUGGACAAUUUUGAAAUAUCAGCAGGCCGAUUUUGCCAGCCCUCCAUCUCGUGCUCUUGGAGCUCCUGCUGGAACAAGUUCAGGGAUGCAACCCCCCAACAUUGGCAGACGACCAGGCCGUGAUGAAGAUGUUGCUCGUGGUUUAUCUGCCAAUGGUACUCAUAGCAGGAACUUUCUGAAUUCUGGGAGCUUUUCUAGACAGAAAGGUGUAACCGCAAGUGACUUCACAAUGCCUAAAGAACAGAUAUCUAGCUCUAACAUCUUCCGACAAGCUGGAACAUCAAGGAGGCCUACUGUCUCCAGCAGUCGUGACCUGGAGAUUUCUGCCAAUGGGAACGACCCUCCUUCCACCCGGACAGCAGAUCCCAGCCCAAGAAAAUACGGUAAUAGCUCCAUUGCAGCGCAGAGAAGCUCACCGGUAGUGCCAUCAGACCGUAAGCGGUCAUCUUUUACGAGAAACACCUCGAACGUGAAGAGUUUUGAGUCCACGCUCAAGGGCAUAGCAGGCCUGAAAAUCGGCCCGGAUGAGAGGAGUCUUGAAAGAGCACAGACACAGAGUGAGCAAGACAUAGCAAAACAAGGGACGAAAUCGCGGUCGAACCUGGCUAUGUUGUAUCAGCAGUUGAAGAGAAGAGGUGGUAGUCUCUCUAAAGACAUGCAUUGAUUUCUCCCUUGCUGUGUCCCUGAUUUAUUUGUCUAUACAAAAAAAGGGGCGUGUUUAUAUUCUGUAAUUGCUGCAAAUUCAUUGCCAAUUUUCUGAUAAUGGCGGCAUACUCAAAUAUUCUUGUUUUAUUGAGUGUGUUACUGUGCUUACUUCGAGUAUUUUUGGGGAAUUCUUAUUUGCUGUCA